AUGUUGAAGACACCAUUUAUCCCAUAUAGUGAAAAACUUCUUGAAGCAGCAAAACAUCGUAAAACUACAAAACAAACAUCUUCCGUUAAAAAAGAUAGUUUACAUGUCGGUGAUCAUGCACCAGAUUUCAAUCUUUAUAAUACAGCUCAUGAACAAAUAUCAUUAAAUGAUUUAAUUCAUAAAUCGAAUGUAGUUAUUUUAUUUUUUCCAUUGGCUUUUACUGAUGUAUGUACAAAUGAAUUAUGUUCAAUUCGUGAUAAUAUAAAUAAAUUUAAUCAAUUAAAUGCUCAUAUUAUUGGUAUAUCUGUUGAUUCAAUGUUUGCUCUAAAUAAAUUUAAAGAAGAAAAACAAUUACAAUUUGAUUUAUUAUCUGAUUUUAAUAAAGAUGUUGCACGAAAAUUUCAUGUUCUUCAUGAAGAAUUUCCAUUAUUUAAUAUGAAACGUGUAACAAAACGUGCAGCAUUUGUUAUUGAUCGAAAAGGAAUUAUUCAACAUAUUGAUAUACUAGAUGAUCCAGGAAAAAUUCCUGAUUUUCACGCUAUUGAACAUGCAUUGAACAAGUGUAGCGAACAAUAA